AUGGACAUGGAACCUCCGAAGCCAAUGUCAGACGUUGGCUCAGAUUUGUCUGACAAUCGCGACCUUGGAUCUGAUGGGGAAGACGGCACGUUAUCUGAUGGUGGUGUCAAUGAGGACUCUAUUGAAGAGACUGUGGGGAGUACAAGAGAUCUUCAUGCGAGACCAUGCGACAAAGCUGGAAGAUUUCUACCUCCGAACGUGCCUCCGCCUCCUCAUGAGCCUAGAGCCUCAGAUGACUGGGCUCCAUAUGGCAGCCGCAUCGGAUUCGAGACCGCUGAAUUCCUGUUCAAACGCGAGCAGAUGUCAGCGGGUAACAUUGACAUAUUACUCAAUCUGUGGGCGGCAAGCUUAGUCAAGCAUGGUGAUCAUCCACCAUUUACGAACACGACAGAUCUGUAUCACACAAUUGAUGCGACAGCAUUAGGCGACGUGAAAUGGGAGAGCUUCAGUAUGUCAUAUCAAGGGGAGCUGCCUGAUGGUGAAGUACCUACAUGGAUGACGGCCAAGUCAGACGUUUGGUUCCGUAACCCCCUCGCAGUCGCCGAUCGCAUUGUAGGCAACGUUGACUUCGACCGAGAAAUGGAUUACGCCCCAUUUCGCGAGUUUCUGCAUGGCGAACGGCAAUUAAAGGAUUUUAUGUCCGGGGAUUGGGCCUGGAAACAAGCGGAUAUCAUAACGGCAGACAAGAGAACUCACGGCGCAGCGUUCGUACCUAUCAUCCUCGGAAGCGAUAAGACGACGGUAUCUGUCGCUACUGGCCAAAAUGAGUAUUAUCCGAUAUAUAUGAGUACGGGUAAUCCUCACAAUAGCGUGCGGCGUGCACAUCGAGAUGCUGUCAUGUUGCUAGGGUUCCUUGCCAUUCCAAAAGCCGACAAGGAAUAUGCUGAUGACCCACUAUUUCGGAAAUAUCGCCGGCAGUUAUUCCAUUCAUCCUUGGCAAGAAUCCUACGUGACCUCAAACCGUACAUGACAACUCCGCGUGUGGUUCGGUGUGCCGAUAAUCACUUCAGACGGGUGAUCUACGGAUUGGGGCCAUAUAUCGCUGAUUAUCCCGAGCAAGCGCUUCUGGCAUGUAUCGUGCAAGGCUGGUGCCCCAAAUGCACAGCAAGGAAUACUGACCUUGACGGCAGCAAUAAUGGACGCAGAUCUCGCAACCACACGGAGACGCUUGUUCGUGCGCUGGAGCUAGGAGAGCUAUGGGUCGAAUAUGGUCUUGUCGGCGAUAUUGUGCCAUUCACCAACGACUUUCCUCGCGCAGAUAUUCACGAGAUGUUAUCGCCAGAUAUACUGCAUCAGUUAAUCAAGGGCACCUUCAAGGACCAUUUGGUAGACUGGGUCGAGGAUUAUCUUGAAUUGACCCAUGGCAAGUCUCGAGGACAAGCCAUUAUGGCAGAGAUUGACCGACGCAUCGCUGCUGUGCCCCCCUUCUCAGGCUUGCGACGAUUCCCAGAAGGCCGUGGCUUCAAGCAAUGGACAGGAGACGAUUCCAAAGCGCUAAUGAAGGUAUGGCUUCCUGCAAUCGCGGAUUACGUUCCAAGAGAUAUGGUUCGGGCAAUCCGUGCCUUCUUGGAAUUCUGCUACAUUGCCCGCUGCGAUACGCAUAAUCCUAGAACGGUACAGGCAUUGGACGACUCACUCAAACAAUUUCAUCAAUACCGAACGAUCUUUCAGACGACAGGUGUCCGGCCCAAUGGCUUUUCUCUCCCACGACAGCACUCUCUGGUCCACUACAUGCCCCUCAUAUGGCUGUAUGGGGCGCCGAAUGGACUCUGUUCUUCCAUCACCGAGUCGAUGCAUAUCAGAGCUGUGAAAAAGCCUUGGCGGCGAUCGAGUCGGUGGAAGGCCCUCGGUCAGAUGUUAUUGACAAACCAACGUUUGAACAAGCUUGCAGCCUCACGCGUCGACUUUGAAAGCCGAGGUAUGCUUGAAGGUUCAUGUCUGUUGGCUGAGCUCAAGGACUCCAGAAAUAAAGACGAGGAUGGCGCUAUUUCAGGGCCAAGAAUCCGUGACUCAGUCAUUCUAGCAGCUACUGCACAACGGAAACAUUCACGAACGUUCGAAGGAUUGGCUGCCGAGAUCAAUCAACCACGCCUUCCUGAGCUUGCCCGACGUUUCUUAUUCGAACAGCUGAAUCCCGGCAAGGCUUUACCGGGUGCCCCAGUGCCUUUCGAUCAGUUACCCGAGAUCAAAGAUGCCGUAUAUGUGUACUACUCAGCUGCAGCCACAUUCUAUGCUCCCAGCGACCCAUCAGGCAUCGGCGGUAUGCGUCGUGAGCGCAUUCGGGCAACGCCACAAUGGCGUGGAUCAGCACCUCGAUUUGACUGUGCAUUCGUGCGAGUUGCGGACGGCACGCAUAAUCAUUUGGAAAUUGUACGCGUACUGCUAUUCACAUCCUUCAAGUACCGUGGCAUUCAAUAUUCGUGUGCACUUAUUCGAUGGUAUCGUCGUUGCGGCGAUGCACCAGACCAGAGUACCGGAAUGUGGGUUGUACGGCCGGACUACACAGCCGCUCGAAAACCACAACUGUCGAUGAUCCGCAUCGACUCCAUCGUGCGUGCUGCCCAUUUGAUACCUGUCUUCGGCACUGCUCGCAUUCCGCGUGGGUUCACUGAACAUCAUUCAUUAGACUUUUACCGUGCAUUCUAUGUUAAUAAGUUCGCUGACCACCAUACAUUCGACCUUUUGCACUGA